GGUCAUUCUUGAGGUCAUCCGACUUCCAUCACCUGAGGGAUGCCAGUUGCAGACCACCUUGGUCAUGUUGGUGGCCCUAUAGAUGAUCUGGUGGCCAGUGGUUCGUGUAAUGCUCGUGCCUAUGCGUGCCAGCAAGCAGACGUCAGAUGUCUAGACAUAUGCCAACGGUGAAUGGUCAUGUGACCAGCCUCGUUCGCCCUGUGGGUCCGACCACAGACCUGACCAAGUGGAGAUUGAGCAGUGUGAGAGGGAGACAAACAUGGGUCUAUGAUGAAGAAGGCGUGUUCAAGAGGGAGGCGAACUUCAUCGAGAAACAUGCACUUGGACUAGACACUUCCAUGCUGGCACCUAUGCUGCCCAAAGCCUGUACACCCAAGGAGGCAGCAAAGAAUGGGAUGUUGUUUUACUCCAAGCUCCAAGCAGAGGAUGGUCACUGGACGGGAGACUAUGGUGGACCACUGUUUCUGAUGGCAGGGUUGGUGAUAGUAUGUCACAUGACUGACACACCUUUCAGUGAGGCCCAGCGAUCAGAGAUGGUCCGCUAUCUAAGGAACGUGCAGAGGGAAGACGGAGGAUGGGGGCUACACAUUUGUGGCAAAUCUACUGUGUUUGGUACUGUUUUGAACUACGUCACUCUGCGACUUUUGGGAGUGAGUAGAGAUGACCCGGAUGUAGUCAGGGCUCGCUCCCUCCUCCACACACUGGGUGGUGCUGUGAGUAUUCCCUCCUGGGGGAAAUUCUGGCUCUCUGUUCUUAACGUCUACCACUGGGACGGUGUCAAUUCUCUUCUACCAGAGCUCUGGUUACUGCCCACUUUUAUUCCCAUCCACCCUUCGAACUGGUGGUGUCACUGUCGCCAGGUGUACCUGCCCAUGGGCUACUGCUAUGCUCACAGGAUAAGAGCUGAGCCCACCAGAUUAAUACAGGAGCUGAGAGAGGAGCUGUACACUACUCCGUACGACAGCAUUAACUGGCCUGCCCAGAGGGGCAACAUUGCCCCAGGCGACAUCUUCUCUCCCCAUAGCAAAACUCUAGACUUCACUCUGGGUGUGGCCAACCUUUACGAACGGUUUUCCAUUGGCUACCUACGGUCGUGGGCAACCAGUGAAUGUCUGAAGCAGAUCAAAGGAGACGACCAGUUUACCAAUUGCAUCAGCAUUGGGCCAAUCUCCAAAGUGAUUCAGAUGCUAGUGCGAUGGCAUGCUGACGGUCCUGACUCGGCCAGGUUCAAGGAGCAUGCCAGCAGAGUACCUGACUACCUAUGGAUUGGAUUGGAUGGCAUGAAAAUGCAGGGAACAAAUGGAUCUCAACUAUGGGACAGUGCGUUCGCAACUCAAGCAUUUAUUGAAGCAAGUGCGUAUGAGGAUGAUGACUUCUCUGAGAAUAUGAAGGCAGUGUUUCGGUUCCUUAAAGGCACUCAGAUUCCCGACAACCCUCCCGACUACAAGAAAUACUACAGGCACAUGAACAAAGGGGCAUUUCCAUUCAGUACAGUUGAGUGUGGCUGGCAUGUGUCCGACUGCACAGCCGAAGGUCUCAAGUCAGUCAUGCUACUGCAGGAGAAGUGCAGCUACCUGGGAGAUUCUAUAGAAGAUGAUAGACUCUUUGAUUGUGUCAAUGUGUUGCUGAGCAUGCAGAACAGCAAUGGUGGCUACUCCUCAUACGAGACUAAACGAGCAGGGGCAGUGGUGGAGUUACUCAACCCUGCAGAGGUGUUUGGGGACAUCAUGGUGGACUACACAUAUGUGGAGUGCACGUCAGCUGUCGUGCAAGCUCUUAAACACUUCUCAGACCAGUUUCCAACUCACAGGACACAGGAGAUUGAUUUGUGCCUAAGGAGAGGGCUGCGCUAUGUUCUCAGCAUUCAGAAACCAGACGGCUCAUGGGAGGGAUGCUGGGGGGUUUGCUUCACCUACGGUACAUGGUUCGGACUGGAAGCACUUGCUUGCAUGGGAAGGAGAUAUGAUUUGGGGACUGCUGGAGAUGAAGUGAAGAAAGCUUGUGACUUUCUUUUGUCCAAGCAGAAAAGUGAUGGAGGCUGGGGAGAGGACUUCAGUUCAUGUGAGCAGCGGGUGUAUGUGGAGACAGAGUCCUCUGAGGUAGUCAACACCUGCUGGGCUCUACUUGGACUCAUGGCUGUCAGAUAUCCUGACCCCAGUGUCAUAGCCAAAGGCAUCAAGGUGGUAAUGAGCCGACAGCUCUCUAAUGGGGACUGGAAACAGGAAGGAGUGAAAGGUGUGUUCAACAAGACAUGUGCCAUAACGUACACCAGCUACCGAAAUGUGUUUCCCAUCUGGACCCUGGGACGCUUUUCACGUCUCUAUCCGGACAUUGACUGCAGUGAAAUAUAACUCUUUCUAUAGUGUGCCAUUUAUUGGUAACCUGUAUUUUCAUCCAAUGUUUUAACUGCAUAUUAUUGUAUAUUAUACUACACAUGA